UCAACUCAAAGUCAAACUAACGUGACUCACGUCAACCUCAAAUCAACAAAACAAUUUUGAAUUUGGUGAAUUGUGGAUUAUUUACGUUUUUUUGGAAUAAUAACUAUUUGUUAUUCUUUUUAUUCAUCGCUUGUUCGUCGCUUGUGUUCUGGUUCCUGCAUAGCAUCAGUGCUCGUCAGCUAGCCUGACGCAUCAUAUUUUCGAUCAAGACUAGGAGUCUCGCACUUAAAUUUUGUUACAAUAUUGCACGUGUGUUUAUUCUUUGUCUGGUGAAAAAUUUCUAUAACAUAAUCCAACAAUGAGUUCUCAAUCAGAACAAUCGACAUCGGCCCCCAAAGAGCUUUCAUUUGCUGAGAAACAAGCUGAACGCAUGAAAAGAUUGCGAUCAUUACACUCUGCUCGAAACGAAGCAAGGACGCACAACCAUCAAGAAGUAGUUGCUGAGGAGGCCAGGAAUAAGCUACCGCCGAACUACGAGGCGAAGCGACGUCAAGCUGAAUGGCUGCUCGACGACCAAGCAAAGCGUCAAGAGGCAGAGAAAGCAGGGAAAGAUUACGACAGAGUGAAACUAUUAAACAUAUCAGCAGUAGAGGCUGAGCGACUUGAACGUAAAAAGAAGAAGAAGAAUCCUGAUGAAGGAUUCUCUACAUAUGAACAAGCAACCGUGAGGCAAUACAACAGGUUGGUUAAAAAUAUGCCAGCAGCUGAUAUGGAACAGUAUGAGAAACAGAAACAGAAGUAUGGUGAUGCUUUCUAUGGUGGACCUAAUGUUAUCAUUCAUGGAAUGCAUGAGGACCGGAGAGAAGCUGUCGACAAGAUGGUUGAUGACCUGGAAGGGCAGAUUGCCAAGAGAGCUCGUUACUCUAGGAGACGCAUACACAAUGAUGAUGCAGAUAUUGAUUACAUUAAUGAAAGAAAUGCCAAGUUCAAUAAGAAACUGGAGAGAUUUUACGGAGAGCAUACAGCUGAAAUUAAACAGAACUUGGAGCGUGGAACGGCAAUUUAAUGAAGUAUGGAAUAUGAAAUACAGGCACAUAGCACAAGUGUUGAGUCUCUUACAAGUAUUGCCUGUUUCAUGGUAAUUAUGUACACAACAUGGGCUUCUUAGUGUUGUAACCUGUCGUGUAUUUGACCCCUGCAAAUGAUCCACCCAAGAGACUAGAUGGGUUAAUGGAAUAUAGAACUUAAGAGAAUUUAAUGUGGACAUACACAACUACCAGCAGAUAACUUUGACACUACUGGGUAUAUUCUUUUUACCAAAGUGUUAUUACAAUUUGGAAGUAAUUAUUAUGUACAUUAAGUAUAUUAUGAACACCAAUUGUAAUCAUAGCAAGUAUAUAAGUACAAAGUGUAGUAAGUAUGUAGGUUGUAAGUUAGAUAAAAUACAACAAUACUUAGUUUUAGUUAAUUUAUUGUUAUAAAUUUUUACACAGAGACAAUAGAAAACACAUUGUGUCUCGCGUGUAUCUACUUUCCGUAUUAAAAUAUGUAGGUACCUAACUGAUUGUAUAUUUGAUAGAAAUUAAUGGAUAUUGAAAUGUGUAAACUAUGUAGUAUUUGGAGCGGGAAAGCUAUGCUGUUUUCUUCUUACAAAGACUAUAUAGAACUUAAAUUCAAUAACACUGUGCCUAAGUAUUUUUAGGAUGAAUGAAAAAAUUUGCUGAUUAUAAUAAUUGUUAUAUAUUUACUUAGGUAUAAUAUAAAAUGUUUUAUGUAAAUAUAAGUAUACUAUGUAUAUGAAGAACCAUUUUUUUUUCAUUUCACAGUAACUCUAUCUGUAAUGUAGGUAGUAAUCUCGAAUGUUAUUUUACUUAAGACCUCGACCGCACUAGAGUGGAACCGCGGCUGUUUUAAACCGCGCCGAGUAAAGCGAAAAGCCUCUAACCCCGCAACGCUUUUUAAGUGCGUAUUUUUUUUAAAACAAGGAGCCGGCUCUUUAAGAUUCCUUGAACAACGGGCGUCGGAUUACGCGGUCGAAAACAACUACGGUUCCGCCCUAAUGCGAAGUGUCCCUUCGUCCAGCAUACUCAUUUAUUAUCCUAUUAUCCUAAAUACGUAGGUAUUUCGAACUUACUCCUACUGUUUAGGCAGACAGGAGCAAUAGUAUAUAUGUUUUGUCCGGCUCAACCGGAGUUACCUAUUCAGACAGCAACCUCACAGAACAUCGACGUGGAGCAACAUUUGCGUUGUGUUUCGCCGUGUCAUUGAGGUCGUUAAAAUUCCAGGAAGUCCAAUCCUGUUUCCGUCUUCCAUCCUUAACCCUCAAAAUCCCAAAUUCGUUAAGACCUAUUGUUUAUUUAUCAUCAUGUCAAGUCAACAAG